UAAGUCACUCCCAGAAGGUGGGGCCCCGAGCCCAGUCCCGGAAGGGCCAGGUUCUAACUCAUCCCUGGAGGGCUCACCCCACCGGAUCCGUGCCCAAGCUGAGCUCUGUGAAAGCAGCCUCCUACCUGGAUCCUUGCAAGGUCUCCUGCAGCACCUGCCCAGAUGCCAGGAGCUGGGGCCCCCAGGGGCCAGGGUCAGCCCCCUGCCGGGAUGGGCACUGUGGGCCGGCCCUGGGUCCUCCUGUUCAUCUACGUGCUGACCACCCUGGAGCUCACCUGCCUCUUCAUGCAGUUCUCCAUCAUACCAUACCUAUCCCGGAUGCUGGGCCUGGAUUCUGUCACCUUUGGCUACCUGCAGACCACCUUUGGUGUGUUUCAGCUGCUGGGAGGACCAGUGUUCGGCAGGUUUGCGGACCAGCGCGGGGCGCGGGCCGCGUUCACCAUAUGUUCCCUGGCGGCCUCCGCACUCUACCUGCUCCUGGCGGCUUCCUGCAGCCCGGCCCUGCCCGGGGUGGCCUUGCUCUUCGCCUCGCGCCUGCCCGCGGCGCUCAUGCACACGAUGCCCACCGCCCAGAUGGUCAUCACCGACCUGUCUACGCCCGAGGAGCGCCCCACGGCCUUGAGCCGGCUCGGCCUCUGCUACGGCGUCGGCACCAUCCUCGGCUCCCUGCUCGGUGGGACCCUGAGCACCGCUUACGGGAUUCAGUGUCCAGCCAUCAUAGCUUUUCUGCUCAACCUCCUGGGAGCCAUCCUCAGCUUCACCUGCAUCCCCGUCAGCACCAAGAGGGCCAGCGCCCAGGGCCAGGCUGACCCCCCAGGCAAACCCAAGGCCAGCGUGUUUGACCUGAAGGCCAUCACCCGCCUCCUGCUGCAGCCAGGUGUUCUCCCAGUGUUCCUCAUCAAGGUGAUCUCCGGCUUCCCCUCAGGGCUCUUCACGGUCAUGUUCUCCAUCAUCUGCAUGGAAUUCUUCAGGCUGGAGUCCGCCCAGGCCGGCUACCUCCUGUCCUUCUUCGGGCUUCUGCUGAUGAUCACCCAGGGCGUAGUCAUUGGGCAGCUGAACAAGCACUUCUCGGAGGGAACGCUGCUCCAGGCCAGCGUGCUGGUCUUCUGCAUGGUGGGACUCGCCAUGGCCUCCAUGUCCAGUGUCCUCCACUUCUGCGUCCUGAUGCCUGGCUUCAUCUUCAGCCUGUGCACCCUCAACGUGGUCACGGACAGCAUUCUGACGAAGGCCGUCUCGACCUCGGACACGGGGACCAUGCUCGGCCUCUGCGCCUCUGUGCAGCCGCUGACCCGCACCGUGGGGCCCACCCUGGGUGGCCUCCUGUAUCGAAGCUUCGGUGUCCCUGUCUUUGGCCAUGUGCAGUUUGCCGUCAACUUCCUCGUCCUCCUGGUCCUCUGGAGGCAGCCUCUGCCCCAGAAGAGGAACAGAGUCCAGUGACCUUGGCCCCUGGGCAUAGACUGCCAAUAAAUUCCCUCGGAACUUC